AUGGCUUGCGAUAACAAUUCCAAACUUGUGGUUCUCAUUGACGCCGAUAAUGCGCAAUCCUCCAUCGUCAUAGACUUGCUUGCGGAGGUCGCAAAAUAUGGCACAGCUCACGUAAAGCGGGCCUACGGGGACUGGACCAAUACUGGAUUGAAAGGAUGGAGCGAAGUGCUACUUAGUAAUUCAAUUCAGCCCAUCCAGCAGUUUGCGUACACAUACGGCAAAAAUGCAACCGAUUCAGCUAUGAUCGUAGAUGCGAUGGAUCUCUUACACUCGGGCCGCUUCGAUGGCUUCUGCCUCAUUUCUAGUGACAGCGACUUCACUCGAUUAGCCACUCGGAUCCGCGAGUCUGGGCUAAAGGUAUACGGAUUUGGGGAGCGCAAGACGCCUAAGCCCUUCGUCGCUGCGUGCGAUGAAUUCAUCUAUACUGAAGACCUUAAGUAUCUCCCAGAAUUUGCCCCGAAUUCUAAUGGGAUUGAAGUCCCUGAAGCCCAUUCUCCAGUUCAAGAUGCCCGACAUAAUGAGACGAGUCUCGAUAAUGGUGGGUGGGCUCGGUUAUCAGAGGUCGGCGAGCACCUUAUAAAUCGACACCCAGACUUCAACCCCUCAACACAUGGAUAUUCUAAGCUCAGUGACCUGAUUUCUGCUUCCCCCCACUUCGACCUUGAGCAACGACCUCCUAAACCAGGCGAAGCCCCAGCUUUAUUGGUCCGAAAACGAAAAUCCUCUGCCGAAAAUACACAAGUCUGA